AUGGAACCAGCAACUCUUCAACCAAUUAAAUUGUACACUGUUAACACCCCCAAUGGCAGCAAACCAUGGAUUUUAUUAAAGUUAUUAGAUAUCCCAUUCCAAGUGAUCAUGGUAAACAUUAAAGCUGGUGAACAAUUUCAAGAUGCAUUUGUAAAGAUUAAUCCAAAUAGCAAAGUUCCAGCUAUCGUUGAUCCAAACCAAAUUGGAGAGAAAGGAGAACCAUUAACAGUUUGGGAAUCUGGUAAUAUUCUACUGUAUAUUGCCAAAACCUAUGGAAAGGGGUUGUAUCUCCCAGACGAUCGUCUUCGUCCACAAGCUCACUAUGAGGUACUCAACUGGCUCUUUUUGCAAAUGUCAACCGUCGGACCACACUUUGGCAAUUACUAUCACUACAAGAUGCAUGCCGCUGGUGAAAACCUUGAUUACCCUAUCAAACGUCAUUUCACUGAACUUCGUCGUCUCUUUCAUCUCUUUAACCGUCAACUUGAAAAGCAUGCCUUUAUCGCUGGUGAUGAAUUAUCUAUUGCUGAUAUUGCCAUCUAUCCAUGGAGCAAGAUGAUUGUUGUCAUUCCAGAAUUCACUCAAGCCGAGUUUCCAAAACUCUUUGAUUAUCAUGCUCGUGUUGGUCAAAUCCAAGCUGUCAAAGAUUAUGUCAAAUUUGAUGAAGAUAUCAAAGCUGUCCAUCCACACAAACCAUUCACUGAAGAAGAACGUAAAGUAUUAUUCUUUAGAGAUAGAUAG